AUGAAAUUUAUUUUUUUAAUCUUAUUUUUAUUUAAUAUUUUUUUAGUUGUAUCAUCACAAUAUGAUGUAUUUGAAUUACAAGCAAAGAAUUGUGAAAAUGGUAUUUUAAAGGUGUACGAUGAACUUUUUAAAAUUUCAUUCUUUACAGAUUAUAGUUGCCAAAAUCAAGGUUACUAUGAAAACACAAAUUAUCCAUUUAUUGUUAAUUUUAAUUGCUAUGAUGGAUAUAAUAAUCAAGUAAUAGAUGGGGAAAUAACUUGUUCAACAUUAAUUUCAAAAUAUUAUUCUUUCAAAUUUGUAAAAGGUCCUUGUGUCGAUGAUAAAAUAGUUACAAUAGGUAAAUGUUCAUCAGUAUGUGGUACAAAUAUUAAAAUCAAUUAUGAUCCUUUUCAAAAUUACACUAUUACAACCUACCCAUCAAAAGAUUGUACUGGAAUUGCAAGUACUGAAUCCUAUGGUUCCAUUGAUUGUAAAGAUGCUUUAUAUUCAAAAACUAAAAAUAUAUUAUUUUAA